AUGAGUUUUAAUUCGGAGGGGGAUUUAAUGCGUAAGUCUACUGUAAAAUCUUCAUUGCCUCUAGUGUUUCGAAAAUUUAUUGAUUGGCCUUUAUGUCAUUGGAGUAGAGAAAAAUGGUCAGUAAUAUUUGGAGAGCGGGAAAUACCAUUUAGAUGUUUAAAAAAAAACUUUAUUUCUGAAGAACCUUGUUGGGAAAGACGAUGCAAGAUAAAAAAUAUGACUUUUAAAAAUUUUAUUGAUAAUUUGACCACCAGCGAGGAGUGGAUGUACUUUGAUUAUAAGUAUCUUCAUCAAUGGUUUAGUAAUGACAAUGAAAUAAUGAAGGAAAUAUCAUGGAAACAGUUUGGCUACCCUGAUAAAGGAGCAACAGAUACAACUAUAUGGGUGGGCAGCAAAGGAGCCCAUACUCCGGCUCAUAAAGAUACUUAUGGUUACAAUAUUGUUGCACAAGUUCAUGGAAAGAAAAGGUGGAUUCUUUAUCCACCUGAAACAGGAGGCAUGAAACCUACAAGGGUGCCAUAUGAAGAAUCCAGUGUCUAUAGUGAAUUGAAUUUUUAUUGUCCUAAUAAACUGGAUGACUUUAUUGGUUUAACAGGAGGGUGUAUGGUGGAAUUGUCGGCAGGUGAUGCUCUCCUGGUUCCUCAAGGAUGGUGGCAUUAUGUGCAAAAUAUAGAUGAUUUAAAUAUUACAUUCAAUAUUUGGCUACCACAUGAAAAAGACAAUUCAACACAAGUAUCAGAAGCACUUAUAAAAAUAAUAAUAGCACAAAUUUGUAAAGAUCUUCCGCAAGAAACUGCUAAACUGCUAGUUAAUCCAAAUGAGGACGAUAUAUCGGACACACCACUGGCAGUGCUGUUCCUACAAUUAGACACAGUAUUAAAAAUAUACUUAGAUAAGAAACGAAAGACGCGACGAAUGAAACGACAAAGAACAAGAGAGGAUAAUACUGAAGAACUAGAUACUGAGGAAGUCGACAUUAAACCCCUACUGGAUGCUAAUAAAUUCGAAAUAGUUCCUAAUAUAAGUAACAGCGAUCUUAUAGACAUAAUAAAAGGAAAUUUAAAGGAGUUUGCUAGUAAUGCAUCACAUGAUGAAGAUGAAGUAGACGGCGGUACAAGCGGUCUAUAUUUGACCAAGGCCCUAAUUGACGCUUUCAGCCAGGGUAAUGUGAUUGAUUUAGUCAAACAUAAUCUGGUUGCUAAACUUAGU